CAACUUCCGCUAUGUCGCCGGAAGUGACAAAAGAAAGUAAACACGGGAGCUGUCAGUGGAUUCAGAAAUUAAGAUUUAAUAGCGAGUAAACGGAGCGAUUCCAAAAAGAUUUUUAUAUACACUCGGAGACUUUUGUAUGGGAAACGGGUGCAGAGUCUAAUAAAGGGAUCAGGAGUGACACCGUCCUGCAAUGUUCACAGACAUGGACUAUGAGUUAGAGGAGGAUAAACUCGGUAUACCAACAGUACCUGGUACUGUGUGUCUGAAGAAAGAUGCUAAUAACCUUAUUGGGAUCAGCAUUGGUGGUGGGGCACAGUAUUGUCCUUGUCUCUACAUUGUUCAGGUCUUUGAUAAUACCCCGGCCGCUCUGGAUGGGACACUGGCAGCAGGUGAUGAGCUCACGGGCGUGAAUGGGAAACCAGUGAAGGGAAAGACCAAAGUGGAGGUCGCCAAGAUGAUUCAAGCUGUACAGGGAGACGCAGUAAUCCACUACAACAAACUGCAGGCUGACCCCAAACAGGGGAAGUCUCUGGAUAUAGUGCUGAAGAAAGUCAAACACCGCCUGGUCGAGAAUAUGAGCUCAGGCACAGCAGAUGCUCUUGGACUCAGUAGAGCUAUUCUAUGCAACGAUGGACUGGUCAAACGACUGGAAGAGCUGGAGAAAACAGCAGAGCUCUACAAAGGGCUGAUGGAGCACACCAAGAGACUGCUCAGAGCUUUCUUUGAGCUUUCUCAAACUCACAGAGCGUUUGGAGAUGUGUUUUCAGUCAUCGGCGUACGAGAGCCCCAGGCUGCCGCCAGCGAGGCUUUUGUGAAGUUUGCCGAUGCUCACCGAAACAUUGAGAAAUACGGUAUUAAGCUGCUGAAGACCAUCAAACCUAUGCUCCACGAUCUGAACACGUACCUUCACAAGGCCAUACCAGACACCAAGCUCACCAUCCGCAAGUACCUGGAUGUGAAGUUUGAAUAUCUGUCGUACUGCCUGAAGGUGAAGGAAAUGGACGAUGAAGAAUACAGCAGUAUUGCCAUGGGAGAGCCCCUGUACCGCGUCAGCACCGGUAACUACGAGUACCGUUUGGUGCUGCGGUGUCGGCAGGAGGCUCGCGCUCGCUUCGCCAAAAUGAGGAAGGACGUUCUGGAGAAGAUAGAGCUGCUGGAUCAGAAACAUGUCCAGGACAUCGUGUUCCAGCUGCAGCGCUUCGUCUCAGGCAUGUCCCAUUACUAUGACGAGUGCUACGCCGUCCUGAAGGAGGCAGACGUCUUCCCCAUCGAAGUGGACCUCUCUCGCACCACGAUCAACUACGGCAGCCAGUCGCUCUCCUACGCUGGAGACGAGGAGGAGGAGGAGGAAGAGGAGAGCGGGGGCGGAGAGGAAGGAGGGAGCAGCACAGGGAGACAAGCAGAGAACGGCGCUGAGAAACUGAUCGAUGACGAAUGAGUGUGUGUGUGUGUGUGUGUGUGUGUGUGUGUGUGUGUGUGUGUGUGUGUGUGUGUGUGUGUGUGUGUGUGUGUGUGUGUGUGUGUGUGUGUGUGUGUGUGUGUGUGUGUGUGUGUGUGUGUGUGUGUGUGUGUGUGUGUGUGUGGAGAUGAAGUCCACCCCUCUAACAUAACUGUUCUUCACUUGCAUUUCAUGUCACUGCACUCCCCAAGUAGUGGAUUAUACUGUAGCAGUUGUGAAAUGGAUAACACUAUCGCCAUAUAGGUGAAUACUACUGAAAACUGCUGCUAUAACGCUGUAUGUGGGUGUAUCGUGGUGUUUUCUUCCCCAAAAACUCUCAAAUCAACAGCUUUGUGAUUAUUUUACCACUGUAACUUUUGACUGUCAACACUUUCUUUAAAAGACUACGUGCUUUUGAUGUGUCUGCCACUUGUAAGGUCAUUGCUUAAUGACUGUGAGAGAGACACCACUCACAGAAGGCAAUUUAGUUUUAUUCUGAAUGCUAUGGAGGGGAUUUUAAUGUGCAGAGUAGGAUUUAUAUGCCUAUGAGGUGUGCCUUCUUAGCUCUCUAUUGUGCGGAAUGGGUCUGGGCCGCCUGUCAAUGUGCAUAUUGUGGAUUGUUAAAGUGAUACCUUGAUAUUUACAUUUUUAUUUUGUUAUUUUCUUUGCUACAAACCUUUUGGACUUGGGAUUUAUUUAGCUAAAAUUAUAUUUUGUGGUCAAUGUUAUGACAUUUUGUCCACAGCUUAACAAACAAAUGGCAAAUGACACGACUGGAUGAAUAUAGAAACGUGAAGGAGUUGUUGAAGAUGACUACAUAUAGUUUGUUACAUGCAGCUGUUACAUUCCUUUGUCUUCUGCUUUUUUCUUGUUCUUAACACUUAAAAAAAAAAAAAUAGUUUCAGUCAUGGGAGCUUCACAACCAAAGUCUUUUUUUUUUAAGUGAAUCUGUUUCACCUACUUGUACCACAUGCUUUAAGUUCAAGUUUACACACCUGCAUUUCUCACUUUCCUUCAACAGCAUGCUUUUUUCCAUAGCAGCAGUGCCCCAGACUCUGGUAGUGUUUGGUAGAAGAGAAGGGUAAUGGACACACACAGCUUCAAAUAGCUUUACCACUGUGUGGAAACGGAUUGAAAAAUGCUGUAUGUAUAAGUAUGUACAAAGGGAGUGGGUGUAAAAACUCUGAUGUUUUAACUUUUCUUGUCAUUCCCACCUUAUUUAUUUGUUUUUCAAAGUAUAUUUAAAAGUUUUAAUGAGACAAAUUGACUCUAUAUUGAAUAUUAUCCACUUUCUGUUGCUCUUUGUUUUUUGUCACAUUCGUUUUGCCUUCAGAGCGGAUAAGAUGAUUUUUGUGCAUUUUCAUGAUUUACUGUUGGGAAUACUUGGAGGCAGCAUCGCAACAAUAAGUGCAUUAUUAGUUCAUGUGUGAAAUUAAAAAAACAUUUUGUUCGUGUAUUGUUCUCCUUGAAUGUAAUCAGUCAGAAGGACCAGCUGCAUGUUAUUUUGUCUUGCACAGAUCGGGUUAUGAGUCUAAUAAUGAUGUAGUGUUUGGCCUACUUUAAAGGGAUAUUGUUUUUUUUGUUUUGUUUUUCAGUUAACGAUGGAUUAAAUGAAAAAUGUAAGUUAA